ACUGCUUUUGAAAUGACCACUGCGAAGUCCUUCAUUCGUGUCUCUUGUUAACUCUGCCCUACUUUGUGCGCCUUGAUUGUGCAGCACCGGCACCCACUGACUAGAAGCAUGACCGACUACGAAGCGGAAACCGCCUUCCUCGGCGAGUGGGGACGUUUUCAGCAGCAGGUGUUUUUCUUCCUUUGCCUGAGCAUCAUCCCCAACGGUUUCACUGCCCUGGCCAUCGUGUUCCUCGCCGACACGCCGCCCCACCGCUGCCUCAUUCCCGCGCACCUCAACCUCACGGACGCAUGGAGGAACAGCAGCAUCCCGCUGGAGGAGGAGAACCACAGCGGCGCCUUGGUGCCCAGCAAGUGCUUCAGAUACAAACUUGAUGAUAUGCUGAGUUUCUCGGAGAGAGGUUUACUGCCCGGCGUAGAUGUAAAUCUGACUAAUGUGCCAAAAGAAGGCUGUCUGGACGGGUGGGAAUAUGACCGGAGCGUUUACAUUUCCACCAUCACAACUGAGUGGGACCUGGUGUGUGAUGACAGGUGGAAGAACCCGCUGACGUCCUCUGUCUUUUUCUGUGGAGUUCUCACUGGCUCCUUCAUUUCAGGACAACUUUCUGACAGGUAUGGGAGGAAAAUAGUGAUGUUUGUUACCAUCGCAGUCCAGACAGUGUUCACUUUCAUCCAGGUCUUUUCUUCAUCCUGGGUCGUUUUCUGCAUCGUGUUCUUUGUUGUCGGGUUGGGACAAAUAUCCAAUUAUAUGUCUGCGUUUGUGUUAGGAACAGAGAUUUUAGGCCCGCGUGUGCGGACAAUUUUCUCCACUGCGGGUGUGAGUCUGUUCUUUGCUGUGGGCUACAUGCUGCUGCCGGUGUUGGCUUUUUUCAUCAGAGACUGGAGGAUGCUUCUCCUAGGCCUCACCCUGCCUGGCUUCCUUUGUUUGCCUCUCUGGUGGUUCAUCCCAGAGUCUCCUCGCUGGCUCCUCUCUCGGGGAAGAGUAGAAGAGGCUGAGGCCAUAGUGAGAGAUGCUGCUAAGAAGAACAAAAUUGAGCCACCAUCGGUCAUCUUUAAUCCUUCACAGAAAGAAAAUCAGUCUGAGAAGACGACAGCCCACAACAUCUGUGACCUGCUACGUUCUCCAAACAUCCGCUGGAUCUCUGUCACGCUGUGGCUGGUCUGGAACACCGUGACUAUCGGCUACUUUGCACUUUCCCUGAACACGGCGAACCUUCACGGCAACGCGUACUUCAACUGUUUCCUGUCGGCUUUGGUAGAGAUUCCAGCCUACACUCUGUCAUGGGUUUUGUUUCGCUGGUGUUCCAGAAGACUGAGUCUCUUCUCAACCCUCUUCAUGGGAGGAUUGUUUCUACUCUUCAUACGGCUCAUACCAGCAAACCUGAUUUAUUUUGCCAUAACGCUCGAGAUGAUAGGGAAGUUUGCCGUGACGACAACAUUUGCCAUCGUGUACGCCUACACAGCUGAACUCUACCCAACUGUACUGAGGAAUACAGCUCUUGGCGCCUGCUCCAUGGCCUCCAGAAUAGGCAGCAUUAUUGCUCCAUACUUCAUUUACUUAAGAAGCUAUUCGAUUUCACUGCCUUACAUCCUCAUGGGAAGUCUUACAGCUCUGGCAGGGUUGCUGAGUCUCCUGCUGCCUGAGAGCUAUGGAAUGCCACUGCCUGACACAAUCACUCACAUGCAGCAGUUCCCUGGAUGUUGUCAGAAGACAUCUUAUGCACCCACACACACUGAAGAAGAGGAAAACGCUUGUGAAAGGAAGUCUCCGGUUGUCCCUUGAACAAGGAGCAGCACUGAUCCAGCUUGAGGGGAAUAACUGGGCAAACAUCAAGUCUCUCUGCACAUUUCUGCUAAAUGGACAUUUGUCAGGUAUAACUCAAAAGACAGUUCUUUUUAUCUCUGGAUGUGUGUAAUUAUGCAACUUCAACAGGACUGAAGAACAUGACAUAAUGUAAUCUCUGCAAACCUGGAAUGAUGUUUUGUCCAAGACAGCGCCAAAAUACUGUUAAAUGAAGAGUGAACCAAUGCAACUGUUACCAUACUUACAUAAUACUGCUCUGUAAAUUAUGAAAAUAGUGUAACUUUGAAUAAAUAAAAUUAACAGUGCACAUACGUAGAUGAAAAUCUCUAAUAUUCUGAUGAGACAUUAAUCAGAACCAGCAGCCACAUUUAGGGUUUUAUGGUAUUGCAACUGCAACUUUUGUUUUUAAAAUGUGCAUAGAAACAAUUAUAGACAAUAUUUUGUACACAUCUUUGUGAUUCAAGAUAACAUGCAGUGUGACCUGAAAGGUAGAAAGUGUUCUACACUGUAAUGUAAUCAAACAGUUCUGUAAUAAACACUACCUUUGUGAGACUUGAGUGGACUAUUUAAUAAAAAAAUAAAAUACAUU